GAAAAUCUAGCAGAAAUAGUCAACCAUCCGGGUACCUCUGGGAUUCAUUUCAACAUACUCUGAUUUGGGACACACUCAUUCUACUCUCGGAUACUAAUGAGGAUGGAUAGUAGGCGAAUUGAGACGCACAUAAUCUUGUUUAUUGAGUAACAACUGCAGCUUUAUCACACGACUUUGACCUCAUUGUUUUACAGUUUUAAUGUCGUCUCAGUGUAACCUCUGUGUCCUCCAGUGUAAGAGCUGAAACAGAUUUCCAGCUGUAAAACAUUUGAUUUGAAAUCAGCCUAAAAUGUUUAAUGGUAAUCUUGAAAAGUGUGAGUGUGAGGCUUCUUUCAGUUGGUUGCUUUACACACGCUUGUAAGUUGCUUGACAACUUACACUCAAGCUGGCAACAUGCCAGAAAAACUUGUCUCACUGGUCUGAAAGAUCAUGAAAAUAACACGCAGGACGCUACAGUGCAGAGUUCACGAUAAUAAAAAGUAAUGUGCUCAUGUGGUUUAUGGGCUUGAGCUUGUGGUUGGGUGAUACAAAGAUGUUAUGCUGUUGACUAUUUGUAGCACGCCAUCGUCUUCCUGUAGCUGUGGAGAUGUUGGGUCAUGAAAUCUACCUGCACUUCUGGAGCACUCGUUCAUGGCUGUCAGUAACAAAACUGCAAAGAGUACACAAGAUUUUAAGCUCCCAAAUGUUAAUUAGUCAAUACACAAGCCUGAGAGAAGUCCACAUUACGCAUGCUGAGGCCUUUAUGUCAUCUUCUGUAGAUCUGUAGUUGGAGUAGGCAAACUUCUGUGGGUCUGCUGUAAAGUUUUUCCUUACAAUAACCUAUUAACUUAAGUUUAAUUUGUUUAUAGCAACAGUGAAAAACACGUCACGAAUCCUGCUUACAGCUACAAGCUCUGAUUGUGUCUCCUCAGGUUUCAUUAAAAGCUUACAUCUAUGGUCAUGGUCUUACAUCAUGAGUGACAUCAAUACAAUACAAUACAAUACAAUACAAUACAAUACAAUACAAUCCAGAACAAUACAUUCCAGAACAAUACAAUACAAUACAACACACCAGCUUCUAGCACAGAGUAAUAACAAUCCGUCCCUUAAAAAUACACAUAAUCACAUAUAUAAUAACCAAGUGUGUGUACACAAACAGAUUCUUCUAAACGUUUCUCUGACUUCCUGGUGAGAGGGAUCAGUGUAUCACAAACAUUAUGACUUUGUUUAUGUGUGUUUUAGUGUGUGAAAUGUUCUUAAUGAACAGAUUGUCACUGGUCAGAGUAAUUGGCCACUUUAGAUGAUGUGCCACUUACACAAACUGCGUUUCCAGGUCUGAGGAAUGUUGAUGGCAUGGCAGAGCUUUGAUUUGUGCGUCAGGGAGGUUGUAACCAAUGGCAGCUGGUUCUCGCAGGGUGUGAUGGUGGGUCUGGUGUGAAACAAAACAUAUUUAAGGAAAAGUCGGGUGGAUGGAUAAGAGACCCACGGAAUUCUGCUAGAAGAUGAAAUUCCAGCCGUCCCACAUCUGCUCGUCUCUGCUCAUGUCAUUGCUGUUGCUCUGCCCUGAAGGGGGCCUGACCUUCCCGCUGCAUCCCAUCAUCCCUGAUUACAAAGCUGCACUGAUCGAGGCCUGGAUGGAGCCGAUGGAGAAGAUGGAGAUGAUGGAGAUGGGCCGGAGAGCUCUGGGGCCCUUGGUGAAACACCCGAUGGAGACGGUGUACUACAAGAGAGGAGAAGAGGAGGAGGACAUGGAAGAAGGAGGUAUACAACGAAACGAAGUGCUGUCAUCCAUCGCCGGGGGUCUGCAAGCUUUUAACAGACAGAAGGGAGGCUUCGGAUUCCGCUUUGGGAGGAAGUGAAGGAAAUGAUGUAGAAGGAAAGAAAAGAGGGAUGUAUAGGGAUUAGUAUGUGUGUAUAUUUAUACAUAUCUAUACAGUAUAUUUAUAGAGCUGUGUCUGUGUGUGUGUGUGUUUGUGUGUGUGUGAGACACAUAUGAUCAUAGUAAAUGCUCAGUUAACAUGAUGUUUUAUUUUAUUGUACAUAGCAGUUUCUGGAUGUGUUGUAAAGCAUUCGUGAAUCCUGGACUAAAUGAACC